CGCCAGGUCAAGGACCGCCGCCAAAAGAUUGACUUUGCUGUCAUUUCUUUGUACCUCGGCACUUUGAAGUCGGUAUAAAUAGAAGUUUGUCUGUCAAUCAUCCGCAAGCUUUUAAUAUUCUUUCCUUUAACAUACCUACUCUUUCAGCUCUUAUCCUCCUCACAAUUUCCUCUUCAACACUUGUACGGGUAGGCCGGAUCAACGGUCGUUUAGGCGUAAUCAUGGACUGGUUCGGUCGUGCCAAGAUCUCUUUCACCCACCACACAUCACCACUUACACUCCAGCAGAAGGAUGGCACGACAACCGACUUACUCAAGGUCUGCGAACAGGCCACUCCGCCAUGCCAACUGAACCCGCUUUUGUUCAACGGACAUGUCCAGACCAUGUGGACUGUGGUUAAGGAGCAUGGUCCCCAGAUCUACUAUCGCCGGAAGAUCUUCGAUUCAGACCACAAGCUCUACGCCGGCACCUUCACUGUCGAUUUUGUGACUGAGCCGCACCAGGACUUUGAAGAGAAACUACCUCCUAGGACCGCUUACUUCUCCGAACAAGAUUUCGCCAACCUACCUUCGGAUGACAGCAAGCCUAUGCUUAUCGUGCUCCACGGUUUGUCCGGAGGCUCGCACGAAAUCUAUCUCCGUCACGCCAUUUUGCCUCUUGUUGAGAGUGGCAAGUGGGAAAUCUGCGUGGUCAACUCUCGUGGAUGCGCCAACAGCGCCGUUACAAGCGGUCUCUUUUUCAAUGCCAGGGCCACAUGGGAUAUUCGACAAGUUGUGAAAUGGGCCAGACAGAACUUUCCCAACCGUCCCCUUUUUGGCGUUGGCUUCUCGUUGGGUGCGAACAUUUUAACUAAUUAUGUCGGAGAGGAAGGAGAGGGUUGUCUGCUGAAGGGUGCAGUUGCGGUUGGAAACCCGUUCAACCUAGAUGUCACCAACAGAGCUUUACGGCGAACUCACUUGGGAAGACUUUACCAACGGGUGAUGGGAUCCAAUAUGAAGAAGCUGGUUGCGAACCACAAGGAGACUGUGCUCAAGUACACCAACCUUGACUAUGACAGGAUACAGAACAUCACCUACCUCAACGAGUUUGAUCGUGAAGUGCAGACCGUAACCUGGGGCUACCCCACCGAGGACGCCUACUACCGCGAUGCUUCCUCAUGUGACGCUGUCCUAGGCAUCAGGAUUCCCUUCAUGGCCCUCUCUGCCGCUGAUGAUCCGAUCGCUGUUGAGGAAGCCAUUCCCUACCAAGAGAUCAAGCAGAACCCCUACACGGUACUUUGCCUCACGUCUCUCGGCGGACAUCUUUCAUGGUUCGAACUUGGUGGCGGACGAUGGCAUACUCGUCCUAUCUGCAACUUCCUGAACAAGAUGGCUUUCGAUAUUGACUUGGACGCCAUCAAGCCUGAUGCUUGUGACAAGUUCGACAGCCAAUUCAGAACUCACUUCGACCCCGUGCAGCGAAAGUUGCAGAUUCUCGAUCUAAACCAAUAGAUGGUAGUGGAAUGAACACUUGAAAAAAACGAAGACUGGACAUAGAUUACCUAGCUAUAGAGAUAGGUCCAUCAAUUGGGCCUAAAGAGUUUAGACGCGCUUCAGGGCACAUUGGGGCUGCACAUAGACUUAGAUUCGCGCUUUCGACUUGGGUACAGGUCCGAACGUACGUUCAUUGAUGGCUUAUGCAAGCCACGAGC